AUGUCUGAUAAUAAUAUAGUAGGGAUAGAAUAUAAUAGAGUCACAAACACAUCAUCCACCGAUUUCCCUGGGCAUCAAUCUUCAGGAGAUUAUUCAUGGGAUAUUGAGAAAUUUAAACAAUCGUUUGAUAUUAAAAUCACCAACGUUAGUGAACGUGUUGCUAAUUUCGAUUUGGUCCACAUAGACACAUCCAUAGCUAAUGCGUUCCGUCGUAUAAUGAUUGCUGAAGUUCCCUCUGUGGCAGUUGAGACGGUAUAUUCAUUUAUGAAUACAUCAGUUAUACAAGAUGAAGUAUUGGCCCAUCGAAUUGGGUUAAUUCCAUUAAAAGUUGAUCCUGAUUCUUUAACUUGGGUAGAUAAAACCGUUGAUGAAAAUGAUCGUUAUACUGAAGAUAAUACCAUAGUAUUGUCAUUGGAUGUUACAUGUACCAAGAACCCCCAUGCACCUAAAAACUCAACCAACCCUAGCGAAUUGUAUCGAAAUAGCAAUGUUUACGCCAAAGACUUGAAAUUUGAGCCACAAGGUAGUCAAUUGGAAAAAUAUAAAGAUAACCCAGUAGUCCCCACUGAUCCAAAUAUCUUAUUGGCAAAACUAAGACCAGGACAAGAAAUUUCAUUAAGAGCUCAUUGCAUAUUAGGUAUUGGAGCUGAUCAUGCUAAAUUUUCCCCCGUAGCAACAGCAUCAUAUAGAUUAUUACCCGUGAUUGAUAUCAAAGAACCAAUAACGGGUGAAUUGGCCAAAAAAUUUCAAAAAUGUUUUCCCUCGGGUGUGAUUGAAAUAGAUCCAAAAGGUGAGGCUUACGUUGCUGAUGCCAGGAAAGACACUGUAUCAAGAGAAGUAUUGAGACAUCCUGAAUUUAAUGGUAAAGUGAAAUUAGGUAGACAAAGAGAUUAUUUUAUCUUCCAAGUUGAAUCAACGGGAGCAAUGUCACCAGAAGAAAUUUUCUUUAAAUCAGUUAGAGUGUUGAAGAAUAAAGCUGAGUAUUUGAGAAAAUGCCCAAUAGGUCAAUAG